UAUUCCGAAUCGGUUCACCGGCAGCAGCUUCUCUUCUUCGCAGUUUCAUCUCGCAGGCGGCGCCGGUGACCAGGACCUUCAGCAUGAAUUUUGGUAAAGCCGCCAUCUUUGGGGUCGUCUUGUUCUGCCUGCUGUGGGCGGAGGAGGCCCAGGCUGGAUUGACCUUCCUGAGUCCGGCCGACAUGCAGAAGAUUGCGGAGAGACAAUCGCAAAAUAAGCUGAGACACAGGAAUAUGAAUCGCAGGGGUGCGGAGGAGGACCUGGUCGAGGAAGAGAUCGGGGUGACCUUCCCUCUGGACAUGAAGGUGACGCAGGAGCAGUUCCAGAAGCAGAGGGCUGCGGUGCAGGACUUCCUGUACUCCCUCCUCCCUCUCGGGUCAGCACAGGAUACAGAGGGCAAGAAUGAAAAUCCUCAGAGCCAAUGAGAAUGAAAAUCCGAUCGUCUCUGAUGCCUCUCCCCCAUCUAUGUGUCUUUAUUAUCUCUGUGUAACCCGGAAAUAAAACCAUAUUGAUGGCA